UGAUCGGUACCCUCUGAAACGAGAAAUAAAAUAAAAAAAAUAAAUUUUUCUUUUUUUUUCGAAUAGUUGUAAAUAUUUAAAUAAUUAAUUAAUCAUGGCAAGAGUUGUUUCUGUCGUAUUGUUACUCGGCGUUGCUGUCUCCUGCGUGUCUGCAGCUGCUUUAGGUGAACCAUCGUGCCCCGAUCCAUAUGCCAUUCAAGCUUUCGGUCAUCCCGAGCACUGUGAUCAAUUCUUCCUUUGCACGAACGGAACUCUCACUCUCGAGACCUGCGAAAACGGCUUACUUUUCGACGGCAAAGGCAACGUUCACAAUCACUGCAACUACAACUGGGCUGUCGAUUGUGGAAAUCGCGUUCAUGCCCAACAACCCAUCAACGCCCCCGGAUGCGAAUUCGCUUUCGGCAUUUACCCCGAUAGCAACGAAUGUUCCACGAGUUACUUGAAAUGCGAAUAUGCCGAACCAAUUCCCCAGCCAUGCGACAAGGGCUUAGUUUAUGACGAUCGCAUUCACGGAUGCAACUGGCCCGAUCAAUUGUUGGAAUUGUGCAAUCCUGAAGCUGUCGUUGGAUUCAAGUGUCCCACGAAAGUUGACUCGAAUUCGCCCGCUGCUCGUUUCUGGCCUUUCCCGAGAUUCCCAGCGCCCGGAGAUCCACAUCGUUUGAUUACUUGCGUCGAAGGACAUCCACGUCUCAUUGGAUGCGGCGAAGAUAAACUCUUUGAUCCGAAUACCUUGACAUGCGAAGAGUCGUAAGGCGUGAUGAAUUGAAUGGAUGUCGGCGAGAUGAUCGGAAAAAUUUCAAAAUGACAAAAAUACUCGAAAAUUGUAUUAUGACAUAUUUAUGAAUAUUUGUACCUUUUAAUAAA